UCCCGCAGCUCCUGCCCGGCGCGCGCUUCAUCUUCCCCACCGCCGCGCGCCGGCGCUCCAGCGCGUUCAACCGCUCCGUGCUCAACAUGUGGUUCGACAUCGCGCGCCUGCCGGACCCGGAGUACCGCAGGGAGACACAGCUCCGCGGGCUGGCCGAGUCGGCGGCGCAACUGGACCCCCUGGUCCGCGAGGAGGCGCGCAAGGUGGGUGCCCGGAACGUGAUCCUCGGCGGCAUCAGUAACGGCAGUGCCAUGAGCAUGGCGUUGUUGUUGGCGAUCGGGGCCGAGAUGUCGCUGGGAGGUUACAUCGGGCUGUGCUCGUACUUGCCAUAUCAGCGGGACAUCAUGGAGGCGGUGACGGGGAAAGGGAUUGGUCAGGAGGACGAGAUUCUGGGGGAGGAGAAUCCAUUUGGGGGAGAUGAUGAUGGUGACGAGGCUGAGAAGAGCCCGACGGCCAAGGCAAUGGAGUUUGUGCGCGAUCUGCUCGACAUGGAAUCUCUACCGUCUGAGGUUACAGAGCAGCAGACACCCCAAGGACUACCACCAGUCUUCCUCGGCCACGGCGCGCUAGAUGAGAAGAAGCCACCCGCGCUUGGAGAGGCUGCUGCGGACACGCUGCGUGCUUGUGGGUUCCAGGUGACUUGGAAGUUGUACCCGGAGCUUGGACACUGGUACCAGGUGCCCGAGGAAAUUGACGACAUUGUCAAGUUUGUUGAGUCGCGUGUGGGAUGGAAAAUAGUGCGCUAUUCUCUCAUGGACGGGUCUUGAGUGGGUGUCCUUAUUAUGAACAUCACAUUCUCAAGUCCUAGCAUUACUUCUCAUGGAAGAAGGAAACCCGAGGCACAAGUAUUCAUUCAUGGUGUCGCGAUGAGAACGGCUCAAGCUAUGGCGACCGCUGCUUAAUGAGCUGGUGUUGCGGCGGCAGGG